GAUGAACAGGCUUUUCUUUAUGAAAAAAGCAUCUGAUUGCAAACAAAUAAAUAGAAAACUCUAGAUUCCUAGUUUAUACAAAUUAAUUGUAAAAAAUCAUUCAUGCAAAACUAUGAAGGAUCGAAAUCUCUAGCCUUCAUUUCAGACGACUAUUGGUGCUACAUUAAUGUCACAGUUUCCACAGUUCUAAGUGUUUUGGCUGACAUUUUACAACAAUAUAUUGAGUGUACUAGCAGCUACCAUGAGAGAGAACAUUGGCAUAUAAAUAUUCACUAUGACAUUCAUAGUCUUGGUUUGUUUUAUACAUCUUUCUAUUUGUCAAUCUCUAAUCAACGCAUUCAUUGUCGGCAACUUACUGGGUGUUCUACGACACUGGUGGUUUCAACAGUUGGACUACGUCAUCUACGACACGAACAUCACCAGCAUUUUAAUGAAAACAGCCUUAGAGCUUAGAGUGGCCGCCUAUGUUUCAAGAUAUGUCCAAUAUGCUGUGACCAGAUUAUUGGAAAGUUUGUCAUUUGAGACAGUCUACAUGGAUUGGGAACCCAGAAGCCUACGAACGCCGGAUCCGCCUCUGAUGUAUGUGGUCAUCUUCCUUUUGUUUAACUAUGUGCCAGAGGAGUGGCAUGCAUUUUUGGCGACCAUCUUCGAAUUUUUGCAAAAAGUUACUUACUCUUGUGCACCUUCAGAAAUGUACAGUUACUCUACCAGCAUGUACACACCCAGUUGAGAUUGCGUCAAAAGGGAGAUUACUGGUCUCUGGCGAAACAUGUAAUUGGGAUCGAAAGGAAGCUACAUCAAGAGAUGCACUUUAUUUUUUCAUAUUUUAAUUUUUUUUUCUUUACAUGCGCUUUCCAAAUAUAAUCCUGGCUAACUUAGAAAACUGGUAUUAAUUACUUUGAUGUCAAUAAAUUAUUACAUCGAA